GUUCAUCGCCUUGNNAAAGUGGCAUCUGCGAAGCGCGAGACGGCCUUGUUGCAGACCCACAUGGACGAGCGGGACACCCAGCGAGCAGCGGAGGGCCUGACAGUGCGGAGCCCCACGCCCGAGCAGGAGUUCCGGGACAGGUACUUCGAUAAGUUGAAGCAGCAGGGUGUUUUCCGGCGACCUUGGCUUCCGUUCGGCGAGUACCUGGUGUCCAAGCAAAAGGGUGGCGAGGCCUACGCCAGGCGUCAUGACAAGCCGCGCCCAAACCUUCUUGCAACUUCUACGUCGUCCACCUCUUGA